GUGGGGAACCGGCCCUGGGCAGGGGCGGCCAGUGCGGGGCCACCGCUAUACCUGAGGGGCGGCUCUCCGGCGGGACCCUGCACACCGCUCCCGCCCUGGCUCCCCGUGACCUUUGACUUCUCUCCAAGCGCCGUCAGCUGGUGUCCCAGCGCCCACCCUAGUGAUGGCCCAGGGUCAGGCCAGGUCCCCCGGCUCCAACAUGGCCCUCCGCACCUACUGCUGCUCUGUCUCAGCCUGGCAGAGGAGGCUGCCCUUCCUGGCCUGGCUGCCUCAGUACUCGCUGCAGUGGCUGAAGAUGGACUUCAUUGCUGGACUCUCAGUGGGCCUCACGGUCAUUCCCCAGGCGCUGGCCUAUGCAGAAGUGGCAGGACUGCCUCCCCAGUAUGGCCUCUACUCUGCCUUCAUGGGAUGCUUUGUGUACUUCUUCCUGGGCACUUCCCGGGAUGUGACUCUGGGCCCCACAGCCAUCAUGUCCCUCCUGGUGUCCUUCUACACCUUCCACGAGCCUGCCUAUGCUGUGCUGCUGGCCUUCCUGUCAGGCUGCAUCCAGCUAACCAUGGGUUUCCUGCAUUUGGGGUUUGUGCUGGACUUCGUCUCCUGCCCUGUCAUAAAGGGGUUCACCUCCGCUGCUGCUGUUACCAUUGGCUUUGGACAGAUCAAGAACCUGCUGGGUCUGCGAAACAUCCCCAGCCAGUUCUUCCUGCAAGUAUACCGCACCUUCCGCAGCAUCACGGAGACCAGGGUGGGCGAUGCCAUCCUGGGGCUGGUCUGCAUGGUACUGCUGCUUGUACUGAAGCUGAUGCGGGACCACAUGCCUCCUGUCCGCCCUGAGAUGGCCCUGGGCGUGCGGCUCAGCUGUGGGCUGGUGUGGACUGCCGCCACAGCUCGCAAUGCCCUGGUGGUCUCCUUUGCGGCCCUGGUUGCGUAUUCCUUCGAGGUGACUGGACACCGGCCUUUCAUUCUAACUGGGGAGAUAUCCAAGGGACUUCCUCCUGCGCGAGUCCCUCCCUUCUCGGUGAGCACGGCCAAUGGGACUGCCUCCUUCACCGAGAUGGUGCAGGACAUGGGGGCGGGGCUGGCUGUGGUGCCCCUGAUAGGGCUGCUGGAGAGCAUCGCGGUGGCCAAGGCCUUCGCAUCUCAAAACGAUUACCGUGUGGACGCCAACCAGGAGCUUCUGGCUAUUGGCCUCACCAAUACGCUGGGCUCCUUCAUCUCGUCCUACCCAAUCACUGGCAGCUUUGGGCGGACAGCUGUGAAUGCCCAGUCUGGGGUGUGCACCCCUGCAGGGGGCCUGGUGACCGGUGUGCUGGUGCUGCUGUCCCUGGACUACCUGACCUCGCUCUUCUACUACAUUCCCAAGGCCGCGCUCGCUGCUGUCAUCAUCAUGGCUGUGGCCCCGCUGUUUGACACCAAGAUCUUUGGGACGCUGUGGCGGGUUAAGAGGCUGGACCUGCUGCCCCUCUGUGUGACGUUCCUGCUGUGCUUCUGGGAGGUCCAGUAUGGCAUCCUGGCGGGGACCUUGGUGUCUAUGCUGCUCCUCCUGCACUCCGUGGCCAGGCCCAAGGUCCAGGUCUCAGAGGGGCCAGUCCUUGUCCUACAGCCAGCCAGCGGUUUGCACUUCCCUACCAUUGAGGCCUUGCGGGACACCAUACUGAAUCAGGCCCUGGAAGUGUCCUUGCCACGCUCUGCAGUUCUGGAGUGCUCCCAUGUCUGCAGCAUUGACUACACUGUGGUCCUGGGCCUGGCUGGGCUCCUCGAGGACUUCCGCAAGCAGGACAUCUCCCUGGUGUUCGUGGGCCUGCAGGCGCCUGUGCUCCGCAUCCUGCUGGCUGCUGAUUUGAAGGGGUUCCAGUACUUCCCCACCCUGGAGGAGGCAGAGAAAUACCUGAGGCAGGAGCCAGGCACGGAGCCCUACAACAGCUGUGAGGGUUCCGUCCCAGAACAUCAGGUCGCGCUGCUGAAGGCCUAGCUGGGCCUCCUCCGGUGGGCGUCUGGCGUCAUCUCUCAAAAGGUGCUCCUCUGUGUUUUGAGGCUGGUGUGGCCAGACAGAUAUGCUGACUGCACAGGUGACCCCCUGGGGGACUCUGAUGUCCUUCGGGGUGCUUGCGGGCACCAUUCUGCUGCCCCUGGGCUUGAACCUUGUUGGGAGAGUGGUUGGAGAGAGCUGCCACGGUGACAGCCAGUGGUGACAGGAAGGAGCUGGACACUGGGAGCCAGGGGCUGAGUGGCUCUGCAGGCCAGAGCAGGCUGGGGACCUCAGGGAUGUGCCUGUCACCGUGUAGCAGCUGUGCCGCUGCUGGAAAGGAGAGUGAGGUGUGCCCGAUGUCUUCAUCUACUUUAAAAAUGUCUGUUUUU